UAUUCCAGAAUGGCAGCACAGCUGAAAGACUUGUUUAUUUGAACUGCACCCUCUACUGUACAGGCGUGAAUUUGCAUUUCCUUCAGCCUGAGGCUUAUUCAUUUCACUUUUGGUGUGAAAGGGCUUUUAUAUUUGCCUUUAUAGUUGUUAUAAAAACAAACAAACAGCCCAGAUGAGAAGAAGUAACGCAAAAGUAACGUAACGCGUUACUUUCCAUAAGAAGUUACUAAGUAAUGUAUUGCUUUCAAAAGUAACUUUCCCCAACACUGUUGAUAUCUUUAUAAUAACCUCAACUAGUACAAACUGCUGGAUUUCGUCCUCUGCAUAUAAGCUUAAUAAAGCCUGAACUUCAUCGUGGGUCCAUUGGUCGUAUUUUUUAAACUCCAUUGUUGAUUCGAAGAGCAAUCAACUCUGCACACACCGCAACAGACUUUUAAAAAUGGUGGUUGAAAUAAAAUGCUGCGUGGAGUCAACCAAUCAAAAUGCUGCGUGAACUCAACUAAUCAGCAUGUCCCACCACCAAAAGUUCCUGAACUUUGAAAAAGUCCCACCGCCAAAAGUUCCUGAACUUUGAAAAAGUACUACCAAGCAAGCAGGGACUUUCUGAGAGGGGAAUUUUUACACAGAACUUCAUUUAGACCCUGGUCCCUGUGGUCGAAACACACCAAGUACCACUCCAAAGUCCCUAGUUCCUGGGGAAGUUCCUGCUGUGGAAUCGCAGCUUAUGUAACUUUUGGCCCUCUAGCAGUUAAAAACAAAACUGCAUGCAUUUUGCGGAAGAACAUUGUUUUGGUUGUGCUCCGGCUCUGCAUGAAGGAUGAAUAUGACCCUUCACAAUAGAUAAUGCUUUACAAUGAACUAUCUUAGAGAGCUAUACUUAUGGCAAUUUACCUCUUCAGUAAAAUACCUUACUCACCCGUUGAGUAUAAAAACACCAUCUCCACGUCGCUUUUACAACAUUAAGCCAAUGUUGAUUCUGGUUUUAUUACGAGCUCUGUCGCAUUCUCUUUUUGCCAGCAGACUCUCGGCUGUUUUCCCCAGAGGUUCGAGAUUUAACGUGUUCCAUGUCAACCUUUCUCGCUCGUUGUGACAAAAUACAUAUGCCACUCCCACACCAUGCACAUGUCAAAGUAUCCGGAGCAACUUUUCUCAAUUUACAGAAAAAAUGAGACACGCACGGGCGAGAGACGUAUUUAAGGAAUUUUCUGUGAAAACCAUCCCAUCAGGUCUAAAUAUAAACACUUAUAAUAUGUUUACCAUAGUGAAUCAGGGUAAAACAAAAACACGAUUUGGAAGAACUGAUUAUCUACUGGAUCAUUGUUUAAAUUUUGUUAAUUUUGACCCAAAAAAAAGUUACAUAGUGUACCUUUUAACAAACAUUAUAUAAUUCUUAACAAAUCAGUGGUUCAUGAAUAUUCAAAUGUAGAAAAAAAUAUGAAUCAAACAUUUAUAUUUUUAAUGUAUUUUAACUAAUGAUAUGUUAAGUGUUAUAUAUGUGAUAAUUUGUUGUUGAUGAAAGUUAUUAUAAAGUUAGGUUCACAGUUUAGGGUCACUAAGAAUUUUUUUUUUUUUUUUUUUAAAGAAAUUAACUUUUAUUUAGUAAGCAUGCAUUAAAUUAAUCAAAAGUGUAACAGUAUUACUGGUUUAUCUGUAUUUUUGAUCAAAUAAAUGCAGCCAUGGUGAGCAUAAGAUACUUCUUUCUAAAACAUUAAAAAAUCUUACCAAUCCCAAACUUUUGAAUGGUAGAGUAUACUCUGAUAUUUAAGUCCAGACACUGAAAAACAUCCAAAUAUUUGGGCGCAUUCUUUGUUGACUUUGAAAAGCAGCCAAUCACAGUGUAAUUUGAGUGAUAGUAUUACAUGUUAUAUUAAAAGUUUUGUUCAGGUGUCAGAUGUCACUGAAAGCAUUUUCACAUUAGCACACAGCAAUUUCCUCACACAAAUACCUGCACUGUAGAGCCCUGCAGCAUGUGUAACAUGCAGAGGUCUGUAGUGCCAGAGGCAGAUCAGCAUUGUGUAAAAAAUGAUGACAUUGGUAGCAACACUCCAGAGGUGUUUGCACGCAUUUCCUGCUGUGGCCUGAAAUAUGAGGCCUUUACCUCAUUUUUUGUUAUUAAGAAUUCACUGCCACAGGCUAGAAAAUAUCCUCUUGUGAUCAGAAUGGCUGUUCAUUAAUUAUACAGAUGUGCAUAGAAUUCUUUGCUGUCAAAUUGCAUCACACAUAGAAAAACAUUAACAUUAAACCAUCCUCCAAAUGAAACCGUACUUUAGCACUUUAGCAGUACUCAGUUCCUCCUGGUCAGAGCUAUUGUGGGUAAUUUACUGUUUUAAUGACAUAAAUAUCUUACACAGUCUGUUUUGUAGAAUUAGGCUUUAAAAAUAAAGUGGAAAGUGUCGUUCUUUUAAAGCUGUGAUUACGUGUCAUUACUCAGCAGUAAUUUAUCUUCAUAAUUGGUGUGGAGACAGAGGCCCGUGCAGAGCGGAUCUGCUGUCGGGGUAGUAACAGCUGGUCAGGAGACGUGGCGUAGUGGUGGCUUCCUUUUCCAGGCCGGAGUUAAGUUGUCAGCUUUUAGUUGGAACCGUGCCAGUGAAAAUCAAUAAAGACGGCUCUAAUCACAGAACGAGAGCACGGCCCCUCUACAAAAUAAGGCUAUGAAAUCAACUUGGCAACCAUGUCAGACGUGGUGUGAUUAAUUAUGUUUGAAUAAACUCUAGUCUGAAAUUAGUCUGAACUUCAGUGACAUAGUAAAUAAAAAGCAGGAUGUGAAACUUGCAAACUAGGGAUGAGCAAACGGUAGUUAUUUUAUUAUUUAUAUUUGUUUUCUAAGUUUAGAACUUGCAUCUGUAAAACUAAAUAAAAUGAGUGUGGAGGGGGAUAAUUAAUCCAAUAAAUAAAUAAAUAAUAUAUUUGUACAUACAUUUAUAUAUUUGUAUAUACAGGUGCUGGUCAUAUAAUUAGAAUAUCAUCAAAAAGUUGAUUUAUUUCACUAAUUCCAUUCAAAAAGUGAAACUUGUAUAUUAUAUUCAUUCAUUACACACAGACUGAUAUUGUAAUGAUGGGUCGAAUGCGUGAGGAUCCAUUUGCAGCUUGUUUAUUAAAAGUACUUACAGAGUAGACAGGGCAAAGGCAGAGACACAAACAGGGACAGGCAAUGGUCGAGGCAGGCGGCAGACAAGCAGAGUAAAGUCACAGGCAAUGGUCAGGGCAGGCGGCAAACAAACACAGUCCAAUAAACAGUCCAAUGGCAACAGAAAUACAAUCCACAAGAAAACGCUCAGAAGUGAUCACCGGGGCAAAUCAAGACUUCGCAAAGGGUGUGUGUGUGUGUGUGUCUUAAAUAGUCCAGGUAAUGAUCUGCAGGUGUGUGUGGCAAUUGGUGAUUGGUGCAUGUGAUUGGAAGGGAGGAUUAUGGGAAGUGGAGUCCAGGAACUGACAGGAACAGACAGUGAUCGUGACAUAACGCCCCCCUUCCGGAAGGCGCGUCCUCGCGGCGUAAAUGGCACAGAUAGGGAGGGGGGGUGGAUACAUUGGAGACCUGUUGGCAGACGGGAACGGGGUCUCCAAUGCAGGUCCAGGAACUCAGGCAGCCACGGGGGGUCAGGUGCCACGGGCAGCCACGGCGGGUCAGGUGCCACGGGCAGCCACGGCGGGUCAGGUGCCACGGGCAGCCACGGCGGGUCAGGUGCCACGGGCAGCCACGGCGGGUCAGGUGCCACGGGCAGCCACGGCGGGUCAGGUGGCUUGGGCACCCACGGCGGGUCAGGUGGCUUGGGCAACCACGGCGGGUCAGGUGGCUUGGGCAACCACGGCCGGUCAGGUGGCUUGGGCAACCACGGCAGGUCAGGUGGCUUGGGCAACCACGGCAGGUCAGGUGGCUUAGGCGGCCACGGUAGUUCACAGGCGGUUGAAGACCGUGGGCGUGUAAGGUCCCCACCCGCAAGCUCAAGCAAUUCGGAGGCCGCUGAUGAUCGCGGCCGUGCAGGGUCCCCACCCACAAGCUCCCCACCCUCAGGUAUAUGGCCCCCCCCAAAAAAGUUCUUGGGGAAUUCAACGGAGGCCGUGGCGGUUUCGUGGGUAAGGAGCUCGGGUGGCGCCGGCAGGGCGAGGAGCUCGGGUGGCGCCGGCAGGGCGAGGAGCUCGGGUGGCGCCGGCAGGGCGAGGAGCUCGGGUGGCGCCGGCAGGGCGAGGAGCUCGGCGACGGCCUCCGUGGCCGUAUCAGGAAGAGCGGGCUGCUCUGGGACGGCAGCGGACCGCUCUGGGACGGCCUCCGGGCUUACAACGGGCUCUGGGACGGCCUCCGGGCCUACAGCGGGCUCUGGGACGGCCUCCGGGCCUACAGCGGGCUCUGGGACGGCCUCCGGGCCUACAGCGGGCUCUGGGACGGCCUCCGGGCCUACAGCGGGCUCUGGGACGGCCUCCGGGCCUACAGCGGGCUCUGGGACGGCCUCCGGGCCUACAGCGGGCUCUGGGAAGGCCUCCGGACCUUGAGGGAUGGAGGAAGCCUUCUUCCUCCUCCUCCUCCGUUUACAUGGUUGAGGCGGUGGCUCUAUGCCUACCUCCUCUGUGGGCGCUGCAGCGGGCUCAUGGGUUGAAGCAGACUCACAGGCUGGAGCUGGUUCUGGAGUGGACUCACUGGCUGGAACGACCCCUGUGUUGCCAGACACUGGCGGGGCGGCCAUCUUGCCCGUGGGCACUGGCAAAGCGGCCAUCUUGUCCAUAGCAUCCAGAGAGUUUGAGUGCGUAGCAACCGGCGAGCUUGAGUGCGUAGCAACCGGCGAGCUUGAGUGCGUUGCAACCGGCGAGCUUGAGUGCGUUGCAACCGGCGAGCUUGAGUGCGUUGCAACCGGCGAGCUUGAGUGCGUAGCAACCGGCGAGCUUGAGUGCGUAGCAACCGGCGAGCUUGAGUGCGUAGCAACCGGCGAGCUUGAGUGCGUAGCAACCGGCGAGCUUGAGUGUGAAGCGGCCGGCGGAGGCUUAGGAAUGCCAGCCGCUCGUACUGAAGUCAGCGCUGGAUCAGCCACACUGGAACGCAACCCACUCCGCUCCCAAACAGAUCCAGAGACGUGAUGUAAUUCUAGAAGAUCAACGGAGACUUGACUUGGCUCUGGAAGAUCAGCGGAGACAUGAUGUGAUGAUGUUGUGGCUGCCAUUUUGUGAAUGCUCUCUUUAGAGGCAGCCAUUACAUGGGGGGACGAGGUGUCGCGUUCCUCCGCGACACCCACAGUAAAAAGUGAACCAACAGUAAGCAGGGCAAAGUCCAGAAAUUCCACGAACGACCCUCGGGGACCAUUAAUAAGUAAGUAGUCCUUCAAUGGUUCGUUUAAUCCAUAGCCAAAGAAGUCAAUGAGGGCACAGUCAGGCAGGUCAGAGAAAUAGGCAAUGUCUAGAAACUUCUGAAUGUGGUCCUCGAGUGUACAAUUACCUUGCCGAAGGCGGACGAGACGUAUUGCUGGGUCCAUGCUAAGGCUGGAAGCGCUCGUAGAAGCUGCUGGAUCGUUUGAUGGCGAAGUCUUCUGUAAUGAUGGGUCGAAUGCGUGAGGAUCCAUUUGCAGCUUGUUUAUUAAAAGUACUUACAGAGUAGACAGGGCAAAGGCAGAGACACAAACAGGGACAGGCAAUGGUCGAGGCAGGCGGCAGACAAGCAGAGUAAAGUCACAGGCAAUGGUCAGGGCAGGCGGCAAACAAACACAGUCCAAUAAACAGUCCAAUGGCAACAGAAAUACAAUCCACAAGAAAACGCUCAGAAGUGAUCACCGGGGCAAAUCAAGACUUCGCAAAGGGUGUGUGUGUGUGUGUGUGUCUUAAAUAGUCCAGGUAAUGAUCUGCAGGUGUGUGUGGCAAUUGGUGAUUGGUGCAUGUGAUUGGAAGGGAGGAUUAUGGGAAGUGGAGUCCAGGAACUGACAGGAACAGACAGUGAUCGUGACAGAUAUAUUUCAAAUGUUUAUUUCUUUUAAUUUUGAUUAUUAUAACUGACAACUAAGGAAAAUCCCAAAUUCAGUAUCUCAGAAAAUUAGAAUAUUACUUAAGACCAAUACAAAGAAAGGAUUUUUAGAAAUCUUGGCCAACUGAAAAGUAUGAACAUGAAAAGUAUGAGCAUGUACAGCACUCAAUACUUAGUUAAGGGCUCCUUUUGCCUGAAUUAAUGCAGCAAUGCGGCGUGGCUUGGAGUCCAUCAGUCUGUGGCACUGCUCAGGUGUUAUAAGAGCCCAGGUUGCUCUGAUAGUGGCCUUCAGCUCUUCUGCAUUGUUGGGUCUGGCAUAUCACAUCUUCCUCUUCACAAUACCCCAUAGAUUUUCUAUGGGGUUAAGGUCAGGCGAGUUUGCUGGCCAAUUAAGAACAGGGAUACCAUGGUCCUUAAACCAGGUACUGGUAGCUUUGGCACUGUGUGCAGGUGCCAAGUCCUGUUGGAAAAUGAAAUCUGCAUCUCCAUAAAGUUGGUCAGCAGCAGGAAGCAUGAAGUGCUCUAAAACUUCCUGGAUUACGGCUGCGUUGACCUUGGACCUCAGAAAACACAGUGGACCAACACCAGCAGAUGACAUGGCACCCCAAACCAUCACUGACUGUGGAAACUUUACACUGGACCUCAAGCAACGUGGAUUGUGUGCCUCUCCUCUCUUCCUCCAGACUCUGGGACCCUGAUUUCCAAAGGAAAUGCAAAAUUUACUUUCAUCAGAGAACAUAACUUUGGACCACUCAGCAGCAUUCCAGUCCUUUUUGUCUUUAGCCCAGGCGAGACGCUUCUGUUGUUCAAGAGUGGCUUGACACAAGGAAUGCGACAGCUGAAACCCAUGACUUGCAUACGUCUGUGCGUAGUGGUUCUUGAAGCACUGACUCCAGCUGCAGUCCACUCUUUGUGAAUCUCCCCCACAUUUUUGAAUGGGUUUUGUUUCACAAUCCUCUCCAGGGUGCGGUUAUCCCUAUUGCUUGUCCACUUUUUUCUACCACAUCUUUUCCUUCCCUUUGCCUCUCUAGUGUGCUUGGACACAGAGCUCUGUGAACAGCCAGCCUCUUUUGCAAUGACCUUUUGUGUCUUGCCCUCCUUGUGCAAGGUGUUAAUGGUCAUCUUUUGGACAACUGUCAAGUCAGCAGUCUUCCCCAUGAUUGUGUAGCCUACAGAACUAGACUGAGAGACCAUUUAAAGGCCUUUGCAGGUGUUUUGAGUUAAUUAGCUGAUUAGAGUGUGGCACCAGGUGUCUUCAAUAUUGAACCUUUUCACAAUAUUCUAAUUUUCUGAGAUAAUGAAUUUGGGAUUUUCCUUAGUUGUCAGUUAUAAUCAUCAAAAUUAAAAGAAAUAAACAUUUGAAAUAUGUCAGUCUGUGUGUAAUGAAUGAAUAUAAUAUACAAUUUUCACUUUUUGAAUGGAAUUAGUGAAAUAAAUCAACUUUUUGGUGAUAUUCUAAUUAUAUGACCAGCACCUGUACAUAAAACAUUUACAUGUUUUUUUUUCCAUGUUUUUUAAAGUUUCAUAUGCUCACCAAGGUUGCAUUUAUUUGAUCAAAAAUACAGUAAAACAAUAAUAUUGUGUAAUAUUAUUACAAUUUAAGAUAUGUUUUUUUUGUUUUUUUGUUUUGUUUUUACAAUGUAAUUUAUUCCUGUGAUGGUAAAGCUAAAUUUUUCAGCAUCAUUACUCCAUUCUUCAUUGUCACAUGAUCCUUCAGAAAUCAUUUUAAAAUGCUCAGUAUUGAUAAAUCAUUAUUAUCAAUGCUGAAAUCAGUUGUGCUGCUCAAUAUUUUUGUGGAAACCAUGAUACAUUUUUUUUCAAGAUUCUUUGAUGAAUAAAAAGAUCAAAAGAACAUUUAUUUGAAAGACUUUUUUUUUUUAAGUAUUUUUAUUGCCACUUUUAAUUUAAUUUAAUGCAUCCUUGCAGAAUAAAAGUAUUAAUUUCUUUAAACAAAACAAAAACUUACUGACCCCAAACUUUUGAACAGUAGGGUAUAUUUAAAUGCAUGUAUUUCUGACUCUGAAUCAACUGAAAUUCUUACCAAUAAUACUACCGUCCUCAAUCCAGUCAAAUCUCAAGUCCUGCCAUAUUUCUCACUGAAUAUGCGGUUUUCUUUGCUCAGAAAUAUAUCAAAUUGUUCAGUUCAAGGAAAAUGGCCAAAUUUGACUGGUUGAAGGUUUCAGAGCACAAAAUGUUUGUACACACAAUCCAUGAUUGCUCAGUUGCUCAAAUAAUCCUGAUCUCUCUUCAUUUCCUCUU